AUGUGUGCUCACGACCCCAAGAUGACUUUCAAUUGUCGGUGGUAUUUUAUAUAUAGAGCCCUUGUCGGCACAUCCAGAAGUCCCAACCAUCAUUGUCUAUCUCCCUCUCGAGUUGUUUUGAUUGUCCAGCUCAGAGCUGCAACACCUCCUGGUACUAAACCAUCCACUCCAUCAGGAUCUGGUCACCUUGUGUUUAAAUCACCAUUGGCUCGGCAGUAUGCGGUGCCUGAGCGGUUGCCUACGGUACCAUUCCCCAUCCAACCAAGUUAUGCCGGACGCUUGGAUGCCUCGCCCACUCCCAAACAGGCUUCCAAAAUUUUCUUUUGGUUUGUUCCUGCAGACGAUGCCCGUGGCAGUAAUGACUUGACCAUAUGGAUCAACGGCGAUGAUUGCAGUGGUCUCAUUGGUGCUUUCAAUGGAAAUGGACCGAUCACGAUGAGGGGCAAAACGGCUGUCAAGAACCCAAACUCCUGGACCCGCUCGUCAAGUAUGCUCUACCUCGAUGCCCCGCUCAAUGCUGGCUACAGUACCGGGCCGGUCAAGCAAAAAGGCUCGGCGGAUAUCGGUACUCUUGUUUUCCACUUUCUGGUCUCCUUCUUGAAGGUAUUUCCUGAAAUGAAAGGCAAGAAUUUAUACUUGGCUGGACAAGCUUAUUCCGGAACGUACGUCAGCUAUGCUGCCGACAAGAUUUAUGCCCAGCAGUCCAUGUUGGCACUAAAAUUACAGGGAACCCUCUUGGUCAACGCAUUCAUAUCCACCGCCGAAUUGCAGCAGCACAUACCGGCCGCGAGCUACGUGACUAAAAACAACGAUGUAUUCCAGUUCGAUCCGAAAAUGUUAAAGGAUUUGCAAGCAACCGACAAUGCCUGUGGGCUUACUGAGUAUUUGACUCAGAAUUUGAAAUAUCCACCCCGGGGAGCACUUCCACCAGUCACCAAGGCUAUAGACCCCAAACAAGCCCCAUUAUUCAGGGACAAGUGUUUGAUUUACUAUGAUAUGUAUCACGGAACAUUUGAAGAUUUCAACCUCUGGAAUAUCCACGCCAAGCGCGGCACGUCAGACCCUAACUACACGAAAUUUACUUACCCCGGUCAACCUGAAUUCCAGAAGGCUUUCCACGUGGAUGGAGCUCGACGUUGGCAUUCAUGUAGUAAUAUGGAUAGCGUUUUUCCAAAUGGAGACGCCUCUCCACCUGCCACUUCGAAGGUUUUGCCUAAUGUUAUUGAGCGCAGCAAGAGGACCGUCAUCGCACACGGAUCAUUAGAUGGUUCCCUUCCAGUUGAUGGGAUCAAACUUGCAAUACAGGGAAUGACAUGGGGCGGAAAGCAAGGCUUUCAAACACCCAUCAACUCGAACUUCUUGGUUUCUGGAAAACCCAGUGGCAAAUUCCAUACGGAACGCGGCCUGACGUUUGUAGAGGUGACGCAGAGUGGAAGCAUGAUGCCCCAAGACCAAGGAGAAGCAGCUUUGGCGCUCUUGGAGUUCCUGCUUGGCCAUCGCCCGACCCCUUAA